AUGACGAAAGUCAAAUUCGCUCUCCCACCGGCAGCCGGCAAAGUCACAUCUCUCUUCCAGUCUAAGAAAGACACCCCACCAGUCUUCAAUCAGCCACUCAACACUAGCUCAUGUCCGCACCAUCGUAUUGCAAGGCUACUAUACAGCAUCUUCCUCUCACUCUUACUCAUCAUCGCAAUACCAGUGAUCACGCUCAAGGCAUUGACCUACAGCUUCAUCGAGGACAACCGUAUGAUGGGGUUCACCUUUCAGACGACAAGAAAAAGCGGCGAGCCUGGCGAGGCCAUCAUCAUGGCUGCUCUACCGAGGAUGCUUUACGCCGUACCAGCAAAAUUGGCCAUCAUUGCUGCUACAGUCAGUAUAUGUCUGGCUGCGGCACAUCUUGGGUUCGUGGGCGCGGAUUGGAACAUGGGCAAGCGGACUCAAUCAUACGCCUUCCGUCGCAACAUCAUGUUCUUUCACAUCACCAACGCCAUCCUCGUCCUCUUCGCUCUAGUCUCCAUCUACGUUACCCACAAGAACACCUCGCACUUUCGUGAAGGCUUCGUCAACUUCCGCGCAUCUCGUAUGAACAAUACAGCUUCGACCCAGGAGAAUUUCUUUCGCUAUAACUUUGGCACCUUCGAUCUUGAGACCUGGGCGUGCGAGCUCCAAGAUGUCAGAGGUGCCGUUAUGGUGCGAGACGAUUAUGGCAAGCAAUGCGGAGUUGAGAUUGCUGGUCGUGCAAUUAUGAUACCUUUCAUGAUAACUGCUUGGGCCGUCGCAGCGGUGAGUCUUUGGGGCUUUGUAGGAGGUGGACGAAGAGGGCCGGAUGGUGAAAGGAUGAAGACGGACGAAGUCGGGCUUGAAAUGGGUAAAAUGAACGCUACAGACGACUGA